GCAGUAGACAGCUUCCAGGUCUGAUCGUUAAGCAUGCUGCGGCUAUCUUAGAUUGGCUAGGGUAUAAUAUAAAAUAAAAUCAAAAGUGCUAUUAAUAUACAUUUGUGUUCAAUAAAAAGGAAACAAAUCUAAAGAAGAAACUCUAAGCCAAGCACUUGUACUUAAGGUCCACCGAGUGUAUUUUCAGGUACAACUAAUGAAUUUACAAUAAAAUAAAGACAAUAUACGUUAUAAUAAAGUGAGACAACUUUAUUCAUUAUAGUUGCCUUUUUAGAACGUUUUUGUUAAUAGCUACCGACGUCAGAAUGACGCCUGAAGGAAAAAUAGAAAUAGAAAUUGGGGUAUCUAUAUACUUGCUAUUAAAUAUUAACAAGAAAAUACUUACAAGGAUCUAGACCCGUAUAAAAUUUUAAGGGUGCAUCCAGCCGGCAAUUGACAAAGUCCCCUAAAACGAAAAGCUAAUUGAGGAGGAAUUGAAUUUUAUAAUGUAAAUGUCGUACGAUGAAGAUCUUAAUAAAAAACCAGAAUAAGUUUCUCAAAUUGGAUGACAACCUAAGAGUGGUGCAUUAUGAGGACACCAAGGAAAGCUAUAGCCAGGGUCGAUUGACAAACUUGCUAUUAGAAGAUUCAGAUAUUACUAUACUCUCAAUUGACGACGACAGUUACAAGCUGGAUAGAGAUUUUGGUAGAGAUAUUACAAUAUACUCAUCCAUAGAUAAAGUUCUGGGAUACUUUAUAGCUAUAUCACCCUCAAUCAGUGGAACUAUAGUUGGCUUAGGUGAAGACAAUCAUGUAGUUUUCCAAAUUAAAAAGUCAGCUGAUAGACAGAAACUGCCACCGACUGUAGAACUAUACGAUCAUCCGUACGAUAGCAACUAUUUAUUAGCUUAUAUCAGAAUAAAUCAACAAGGCAAAGCAAGAUCAUCUAUAAGAGAUGCUUACUGUAAUGGUAAUUGGAAUACAUUCAAUAGCUUAGUCAAUCUUAUUAAUAUCGGUGGAUCGGUUGGUUUAGACAAUAAAUUGUUCAGCUUUUAUUACCCAGAGAGACAGCAAACUCUGAAUGGUAAAUACAUCAGUGGUUAUUACAGAUAUGAACUAGGGUACAAUACAGACGAGUUUAGAGAUCUACGAGCGAAUCCUCGAUGUCUUAUUGAAUCGCAGUUCUUGACAAUAAGAUGCUACAUAGACUAUUUCAUUCACAAUGGUUUCAUAGAUAAGGACACAGCAGUGUAUUUAACAGGUGAAACAACACAAUUAGCUUCUGUAGUGAAAUUAAUAGCUGAUAUCCUUCAUAAAACUAUCUAUCUUCCACAUUCCACCAUUCAAGAAAGAAGCAUCGAGCAUAAAUAUAUACCUCUAUUAGGCAUAGGACUAUCUGACUAUUUCAAACACUCAAAUAAACGGUCAUUCGAAGAGUUAGUCAAGUAUAGAAGGAAUUCCUAUAAUCAUCACAUCAAUACACCUCAAUCAACUCCGCCUUUGACACCAAUCUUAACACCGCCGUCUGUGACUUUGAAUACCCAAACAAGUAAAUUGUUAACGCCAGUCGACGAGCAAUUCGAAUUACCUAGUAUAUCAGUUGAUGAACAAUUUCAUCUGCCUAGCCAAAAACAUCAAGACAGUGAUGCUUAUAUCCUACCAGAUGAGGAGAUAUCAACAAUAUAUGAGUCGUUAAUACAAGAGCAUAAGAGAUUAGAGCAUAUAUCUAUUUGUCAUUUUAACAAAUUUUACUGAUUCAAUUUAAUUCACUUGAUGUGUUGUUUAUUGUAUUUGACUAAAAUGUAUAAAUCAUCAGACAUUACCAUGAAGAUAGCCAGAAGUUGAUUAAGAUGAUUGGCCAUCUAGUAUGUUGCUUGGCGUGAUUCUCUUUACCUGGCUUGCUAAUCAUUAGAAAAAGUUGCACCAACUGAUGUGCUUCUUCUAUUGGGAGAUUUUGAAAUAAUUCAUGGAGUUUAGCGAUCUUUGUUGUAAACUAAACAUGACUUUGGCUCAAUCAAAUGUGUAAAACAAGACAUGCAUUGACGAUAAUAAACUGAUGUUUAGACUAAGGUAAUUGGAAUGAUUAUAGUACUACGCACAUACUAGCUAAGAUUUUUCAAGU